GAGCCGUCGUCGUCGUCGAGAGCACCGCCUUCGGCCCGCGACGUCGGCGUAUUUUCAUGUGCGUUUUUUUGACUUUUUCCACCCCGGCUGGAUUUUGGAGUUUUUCAAAAGUUCUCUCGGCCCCGUCUUUGCCCGCUCGCGACGCGCCGGACGAUUGAUUUAUCCGAGAGAAGCGGCGAUUCGUCCCGGCGCGUCGCCCGCUGGAAAAAAGACACGGAGACCCUCGGCCUUUUCGCCUUCGACGCUCAUCCGUUUAAUUUGUUUUCUAUCCGGACCGACCGCCCCGGCCGCUUCCAGUCAAUUCGGCGGCUCGUCCUGGGAGAAUCGCCCGGACGCCGUGGUGUUGUCAGAUCCGGGGAAACUGACAACAGUCGCCUAUCCGUGAAGGUUUACCCUGAGUGAACUUCCUCUCGGGGUUUCCUCUUUUGAAAUCUUCUGUCGUCUCCACCCCAGAAAACUGCAGGCCCUUUGGGGAUAACCCACCAGUCUCUGGUGAUAAAGAAAGUUGUACUCCAUGUGGGAAAGGAGCGAGGAAUAUAUUCGGGUUUGCUCAUCUGGUGGGAUUCAAGACUGCAAUGGCCAGUACAAUAACAAACAUGAAAGUGACGAAUCCGAUCAAGGGGCUGGUGAGCAAAAGAAGGAAACGAUACACAAAGGACGGAUUCAAUCUGGACCUGACAUAUAUACGAAACAAUCUUAUUGCUAUGGGAUUUCCAGCAGAUAGGCUGGAAGGGGUGUAUAGGAAUCAUAUUGAUGAUGUUGUUAAGUUCCUAGAAGCAAAACACAAGGACCACUACAAAAUCUACAAUCUGUGUUCUGAGCGGUCCUACGAUGUGAGCAAGUUCCAGCAGCGGGUUGCCAAUUACCCAUUCGAUGACCACAAUCCUCCCAAUAUCGAGGCGAUAAAGCCUUUCUGCGACGAUGUAGACAAGUGGCUGUCGGAAGACUCGUACAAUGUUGCAGCGGUGCACUGCAAAGCGGGCAAGGGCCGGACCGGGGUCAUGGUCUGCUGUUACAUGAUACACGCAAGGCAAUUCCUGACCGCUAAUGAAGCCCUCAAUUUUUACGGGCAGAUGCGCACUACCGAUAGGAAGGGUGUAACAAUUCCGUCUCAAAGAAGGUACGUAAAUUACUAUGCCACUCUUGUCCAAGAAGGUUUAAACUACUCAGCGGUCGAUGUCAUUAUAAGAGAGAUAAGGUUGGAACCAGUACCUACUCUUUUUAAUGGGACUCAAGGAAGUCUCCAAUUUGUGAUCUCACAAGGUACAGACAAAGUGUUUGUAUCGGUUCCCUAUGAAGUUAAAAAAGGCUGCUCAAGUAUAUGUAUUCCCCUUGAACAGUAUCGUUAUGUGAAAGGUGACAUUAAAAUAGAAUUCUUUAGUAAACAGAAAAUGAGAAAAGAGAAAAUGUUUCAUUUUUGGUUUAAUACAUUUUUUGUACGGGACGAAGUCGAUAGUAAAUGCGGUUCAAGAGUAAGUUGUGAAGGCGAGAACGGUAACACGAACCAUCAUCAGAACCAUCAGUUGGAAAUGUUGCCUGAAAGAUCUCUAAGCUGUGAGGGGCCGACAACAAAUUCUCAUCAGCAUCACAACACAAGGGCAAGCUCUCUAUUAGACUUAGAGACGGAAUCUAAACUGGUGGCACUUAGGAUAGAUAAGUGGGACCUGGACGAUGCUCAUAAGGACAAAGCUAAUAAAUUAUAUCCUGCAGACUUCAGAGUUGUAGUGGUCAUGUCCAAGAUUGGUCAAGGUAAUAGGGACAGCUCGUUGUGGAAAAGAGAUGUCCCUAAAGUGGUAAAGAGCACACCUUCUGAAUCUUCCGAGGCGUCAACGGAGUCAUCGACGGAUGAGGAUGGAUGGGAAUCAGUUGAAGGUGAGGUGGGGAGGUACAGCCUUUUAACCGAUUCGGAGACUCUGCUAACAGAGCGGCUCUUUCCUUCCUGAUUCGACCGUGGUGAUGUUUUGGUUGACCGGGCUUGGAGACAAAGAAGAGCUGCUAUGCGAUUUGAUGAAAAUAUGUACUAUAUUAUUAAUUUGUUUCUUCGUUAAGCCAUGUUGUCCAUUAUUGAUCGAGGAUUGUGGUGUGAAAGUGAUAAAAAUGGGAAUGGGUGACUCUAAAUGAAAAAUAAGAAAUAAACAAACAUCCUCCAAAUGACCAAUAAACCAUUUCCUCCUGACUCUAUUUCAAUAAGAAUUUACAACUAAGAGGACUAAAUUUCCACUUCAUGAUUAAUAGAAAUGAUGAA